AUGCGGACUGCAACCCUUGCUAAAAUGGACUAUCCCCCUGGAAUCAUCCCAUUUUCUCAUUCUGAGGCACCUGAGAGUCCUCAUCAACCAGAGCAAAAGGCUGGCACUAUUCGUAGAGGUCCAUGGAGUCCGGAAGAAGACCGUAGACUCAUGGAAAUAAUCCUGUUGUACGGGCCUCUGAACUGGGUUCGGAUCUCAGUACUGCUUGUGAGCCGAUCUCCAAAACAGUGCAGAGAGCGUUACCAUCAAAAUCUCAAGCCUCUGCUUAAUCGUAACCCGAUCAACAGUGAAGAAGGCUUGCUAAUUGAGAAAUUAGUUCUGCAACAUGGCAAAAAGUGGGCUGAGAUUGCUCGUCACUUGCCUGGCCGGAGUGAUAAUGCCAUCAAAAACUGGUGGAACGGUGGGGCUAAUCGUCGGAGAAGAGCACUGCAAGUCCUGUUCUCUGAUGAACAUUCCCGAAGAAAUCUGAAUCAAGAAAUCGUUGAAAAACAUCAUUCAACUUCUCAUCCUGGUUUGAACAGGUCUUACUCCUCUGCAGUGUCGCUCACUACAACCGCCAAUAGUGCACCUGGAUCUCUUAGCGCACCAGCGGCUUCUGGCGCUUCGAAUGCUGCUACUUCUUCUUCUUCUGUUUCUUCUACUGCUGCAGGAUGGCGGAGACGUCUGACUGGUUUCUUGGUUCAAGCGCUGGCGCCACAGCCACAGCAGCAGGCUGCCAAACCCGAGCUUGCUCACAUUGCGCACGUCCCAGUCGUGCAAGAAGCUGGGCCUCAAAAUGUUUACGCGCUUCCGCAUUACUUUAGUAAGAACCCUGAUAUUGCUUUCAACACGUCAAUGUUUGGAAACGUCCCUAGUGCCGCCGUUGGGGCACCAGGGGGUCAAGUAGCUGUGGCUGGGAUUCCUACUCAGCCAGGCCAACCUUGUAACCCACAAGCUAACAUUGUUAUGCCACCUGCCCACGCAAAGCUCGACGCUGGUCUCGCCGAUCCUUCUCGUGUUAAUUAUAGAUAUAUGUCUAUUCCUCUGCACAUGCCUCAAUUCAUGCUCCACUCUCCAGGUGAAGCUCCACAAGCGGCUGCACUCCAACCGCCAGCGCUUGUGUCUCUCCCAUCAUCUUCCUUUAAUGCCAGCAGAAAUGGCAGUAUCACAUACGAGUAUGGACCAUCAUAUCCACCAUACAUGUCUCCAUAUUCCGUAAUAGCUCCCAACUCUGCUAUGUCUUCAGUUCUGAGUGGCCAGAGCCUGCGCAGGCCCCUGGUCAUCCCCUCGGCAUUCCCAUCAUCCAUUCCUUCCUCACUUCCUUCCGCUGUCUCGACGGCUAUUCCUCAGGUUUUUCCUGGUUCUUCUGUAGCUCAGCAGGCUUCUGCUGCAAAUGGAGCAGUCCACCCACUCACAAUCAGUACAAAGGACGCACCAGAUGCUGGCAAGACUCGAUCAUCUUUGCGUAACUCAUCCAGUUCAACAGAUACUAGUAGAGGACACGCAGAUUUGCCUGGUCUGAGUCCGCUCGCUGUCAGAAAGGUAGGAAAGAGAUCUAUCGAUGAGACAGAGGAUGGGCUGUCAGAGAUUGAGGACAAAAAAAUGUGUGUAUCUAACCUUAUCAACUGA